ACUGAUAAUGAGCCAUUAGCCCUCUGUGUCUGUGCUGGGGGCUUCUGUAGGUAAACUUUCUGAAAGACUCGACCCGCUUCACGCCAGAGUCAGAGAGAAGUUUUGCACUCUUGGCGUCAUGAUGAGCUGUCAGAGGGAAGCCGGGAGUCUCCGAGAGAUCCGUGCGCGCUUUCCUUCAGCUGCUCAGCUGUGCUUAGAAGAAAGCAAUAAGGGGCACUAGAAUUUAAUUCCAUAGGAAGGUUCAAGCUACUCAAGGGUUCACAGCCAAAUGAAGGGACGCAAAUUGUGUUACAGUUUGAAAAUCUGUCUGUCCUUGAGUAACAGGACUAGAUAACGCUUACCUAGAACCCACAAAAAGGAAAGUCUGAUGCUUUCUUAGUGAAUCUGGUGUCCUGAAGUUUCUCUGACGGGUUUCUGCAGUAUUUUGAAUGUGCCAUGAAGGAUUCCCAGCCUACACCGGUUGCUCAUGCAGGGUCCGAGCAUAUUUAUGAUUUCCACGAUGACGGGGAAUCCUUGGGGAGGUUAAGAGAACCUGAGUUACCAGGAGAGAAUGGCGGUGGUGGCAUACCCAUGGAAACUUUAGAGCAGUGCAGGAAGAAGAGGAAGCGAUGUGGGGUCUGUGUGCCGUGUUUAAGAAAGGCACCGUGUGGAGCCUGUUACAAUUGUGUCAACCGGAGUACCAGCCAUCAGAUAUGUAAGAUGAGGAAGUGCGAGGAACUCAAGAAGAAGAGACUGAUUCCACUGAAAGGGACAGAGGUUGUAAAUAAGGACAGCUCCAAAAUUCAGGUGGAAGAGCAAGUGCACAGCUUAAAGAGCUGUUCUGAAAGCAUUCCAGUUGAUGGACCCAAAACAGACCAAAUGGAAACGGGGUCAGUUAGCCAUGAUCAAGAAGGAAGGUUAAAACAGGAAUGUGACCCAGGCCUGCUGAAUAAGGGAUGUGAAGAGCUUGAAAACGGGUUGUUAAUGGAAGCCAAUUCGUGGCUAAGCAAUACCCCUGCGCCCCAGAAUUCUAAUGACAAAAUCCACUGGGAAAACCCUCCUAUCCCCAAUCAUGCUGCUGCUAACAGUUCUAACCUAGAAGAUGCCAAAAACCUAGUAGCAUUCUCUGCUGUGGCCGAGGCCAUGUCCUCAUAUGGCAUACCAGCAUCAGGGACUCCUUCAUUGGUAUCAUCAAUGCAGCUAUAUGAAAAGUUCAACUAUGAAAUGAACAGGGACAACACUGGCCUUUCGGAAAACAAAGCCCCACAGUGUCCUGAGGACCUGAAUACGUUACAGGCAGCUUUGACCCUAGCAAGGCACGGCAUGAAGCCACCUAACUGCAACUGUGAUGGGCCAGAGUGUCCAGACUACCUGGAGUGGUUGGAAAGCAAAAUCAAGUCUGCUGCUGUUUGUCAUCCGGAGAGCACACUCCACCCACUGAGCCAGGUCAACAAAGAAAUGGUGCAGAAAAACUUUCCUAAAGAGCAUGUGCUUGCUCUAGAAAAUAAAAUUGCAAAAUGCCCCUCAGGCACUCUUCCCUUUUCUCAAAAUGCUCUGAGCAUUGCAAAAGAGAAGAACAUAAGUCUGCAAACUGCAAUCGCAAUUGAAGCUCUUACGCAGCUGUCAUCCGCACUUCCACAGUCAAACAAGGAUUAUCCUAAUGGCUCAACCCAACCGAUGUCAACACCACAUGAGCAGCUACCACAUUUCCCUGCUGCCAAAGGAGAACAUGGCCAGGUUUUGCCAAUGACUUGCAAUGACCUAUUCAACCAGCAGUCUCAUCUAUAUACUGGCAAAAAUGCACUUACUGUGUCACAACCUCCAAGGCAAACCUCUUGGGAGCAAGAGAAGGCAACUGGUUACCAAGAAGGACAAUACAUUCCAGGAAACAAUAUAUCCCAAGGCUCUUCCUCUGUGCUACCCAACCAUACAGCCACCCCACAAAAAUCAGAUUACAUGGAACAUUGGGGCACAGAUUCAGGACAUCCUAAAUCUCCCUCGGAUCCUAUGACUGGAUUGAAACAGUUGCUUGGGAAUGCAGAUGACUAUGUAAAGUCUGUGUUCAAAAGCCCAGAGGCUGUACCCAAUAGAGCAAAAAAUGCUAAGUCUAAGCAAAUCUCUGUACACUCCAUUAAGAAGGAAGCAUCUGAUUUUUACAGAAUGUCACCAGAUCAGCAGCUGUCUCAUAUUCUUCAAGAGACAGACUUACACAGGAGUGCUCAGGCUGCACUUCAGCAGCAUCUCCAUCAUAAACGAAACCUCUUUGUAGACUCAAACACGAUCCAGGAAUGCACCCAAGAACAGCCAAAUUGGUGGGUUCCAAAAACACCAGCUUCGAAGUCACUGGAGAAGCCUGUAAAAGAGAGGAAGAAACGAGGGCAAUCCCCUUCCCAAAAACAAGUUGAGCCAAAAAUGAAACCUCCGCGCAAGCCGGUGCUCAUAAAGAAACCCAAGCAGAAAGACACAAAUGCUGUCUUCUUGCCAGUGAGUCAGAUCAACUUAGAAGACGUCCGUCGAGUUGGAAACAAUGAGAACCUGAACUCAAUGUUAGUUGAUCGUUCUUAUCCUAAUGAUAUCAAGCCACCUGGGCUUACAUCCCUAUCUGUACCACAGAAUGUGAUACCAACAGGUCUUGAAAAUGGACACACGUUAAACACUCAGGAAAUGUGCACUGUAAGUCAGCCAAGAGAUGGUCAAAUGAAUGCACUUUGCAUUCCUCAAGUGAACCCUCCCGUUCAGAAAGACAUGUGUCCUACACCUUCCACCGAGGAUACAAAUUCCACCUCUGGCAGGGGUGAGUCCAUCAACCAGCAGAGCAGUGCAGGCCAUAUCCCUGCCCAGAAUGACCUCAACUCUAUAGAUGACAAGUUUGAAGACCUAAUCAGGCAGUUUGAAGCAGAGUUUGGUGAUGAUUUCCCACUCCCCACUUCUGAGGUGCCUUCCCAAAAUAGCGAAGGACUUACAAAACAGCAAGAGUCGGUAGAUCCACAGGCCAAACUGCCCUACCCUACGCCAGUUUUAUCUGCUGAAAGUUCAACGCAGUCAUCCAGCCGUACCGGCUCUGCGCUUUCAAACGUCUCUUUGAAACCGGAAACGUCAGAGAAAUCUGAUGGCCUGUUUUCAUCCAGGUCUCCGAAGCAGAUCAAAAUUGAAUCUUCUGGUGCUAUAACAGUGUUGUCUACCACAUGCUUCUACUCAGAGGAAAAUCAACGUCUUGAUGAAACGCCUACAAAAAGCGAGAUGCCUUUCAAUCCUUCCCUCAGCGGGUUUUUGGAAUCCCCGUUGAAUUAUCUAAGCUCUCCAACCAGGAGCUUAUUGGACACUCCAGCUAAAAGGGCUCAAGCUGAAUUUCCAACGUGCAACUGUGUCGAACAAAUUAAUGAGAAGGAUGAAGGACCGUAUUACACUCAUCUUGGCUCGGGGCCGUCAGUGGCGUCUAUCAGAGAACUCAUGGAAGAGCGGUUUGGUGAGAAAGGGAAAGCCAUUCGCAUCGAGAAGGUUGUUUACACCGGCCGAGAAGGGAAGAGCUCCCGUGGCUGUCCGAUUGCUAAAUGGGUAAUCCGCAGGCAAAGCGAGGAGGAGAAGCUUCUGUGUUUGGUCCGACAUCGGGCUGGCCAUAGUUGUGAGGAUGCGGUCAUAAUCAUCCUAAUCAUGGCAUGGGAGGGAAUCCCACGUUCCUUGGGAGAUACUCUCUAUCAAGACCUCACAGAGACAAUUACGAAGUAUGGAAACCCAACAUCGAGAAGAUGUGGCCUCAACGAUGAUCGAACGUGUGCAUGCCAGGGUAAGGACCCCAACACCUGCGGUGCCUCUUUCUCCUUUGGAUGUUCCUGGAGCAUGUACUUCAACGGCUGCAAGUAUGCACGUAGUAAGACCCCCCGGAAGUUCCGCCUGAUCGGAGACAAUCCCAAAGAGGAGGAAUCUCUCAAGGACAGUUUCCAGGACCUGGCUACCCAGGUGGCUCCUGUUUACAAGAUGCUGGCCCCACAGGCUUACACUAACCAGGUUAAUAAUGAGGAUGUAGCAAUCGACUGUCGGUUGGGUUUGAAGGAAGGUCGUCCGUUCUCUGGAGUGACAGCGUGCAUGGAUUUUUGUGCCCACGCACACAAGGACCAGCACAAUUUGUACAAUGGCUGCACUGUGGUCUGCACCCUCACUAAGGAAGAUAAUAGGACUGUUGGCAAGAUUGCAGAAGAUGAGCAGCUCCACGUUCUGCCGCUCUACAAGGUCUCCACCACAGAUGAAUUUGGAAGUGAGGAGGGCCAAGCCGAAAAGAUCAGGAAAGGUGGAAUUCAGGUGCUGACUUCCUUUCCCAGGGAGGUGCGUAAACUUUCGGAACCAGCCAAAUCUUGUAGACAGCGGCAGAUGGAGGCCAAGAAAGCAGCAGCUGAAAAGAAGAAGCUUCAAAAGGAGAAACUGACGACCCCAGAUAAGACGAAGCAGGAGCCUGCAGAGCCACAGCCGUGUACCCAGAAUCCAGGUGUACCCCCACAACAGGUUAAGCCUUGUGUUAAAGUGGAGCCUUCUAAUCACUACAAUACCUUCAAAUAUAAAAGUAAUGGAGUUGUUGAGAGCUACUCGGUACUUGGCAGCUGCAGGCCAUCUGACCCAUACAGCAUGAACAGUGUAUACUCCUAUCACUCUUUCUAUGCACAACCUAACAUGCCUUCCAUGAAUGGCUUUCAUUCAAAGUUUCCUCUUCCUCCCUUUGGAUACUAUGGCUUUCCCGGCAAUCCUAUGGUUCCCUCCCAGUUCAUGAAUUACGGUUCCACUGAUGCGAGAACUGGUGGAUGGAUGAACAACAGAUUUGAGAAGAAGCCAGAAUUGCAGUCUUUGGCCGAUGGCAUGAAUCAUGGAUAUGGGAGCGACUUAACUGAGCAAAGCUAUAUGAGAUCUAGUGACCCAUCGCACCAGUACAGCCACCAAGAUCCCACCGGUCAGAAAUCCGCAGGCGUUUCCCAUCGGACCACUCCUGCUCCCAUGGACACCACUCCAUUCUCCCAGAACCAUCCUUGCUUCAACAAAGUAAUCAAGAAGGAGCCUAUUAGUGAUCUGCCACAUGUAGAUCCUUUCCAGAGAGCAUCAAGCGCCCACGCUCAAAGUCCAGGUCUAAAUCUUGCAUCGCAAAACAGCGAUCAGGCCAUGCCGUAUAAAGCAAACGGAGCACUAACAUCUUCUGAAAGGACUAACGCUGAAGGACCUUGUGGCAUGUUUACAUCCAGUGAGAAGGCAAAUUUAACAAACGGACUGGAGAAGAGAGAUUAUUUUGGUGCUCAUGUGAAUGGCAUAGGAUUAAAGGGUGGGCACGGGCUGGGCAAGCAGUGGAGUGCAUAUGGAAUGAAUAAUCAAACGGGUCAACAUGAUACACAGUCUUCAGGGAAGGUGUGGAGCUCAUGCAAAAUGAAUGAUACUUCAGCUGUCCUGCCGCCUCCUGCUAACACGCCGGAGAAAAACUGGAACGAUGGACAAGCCGUGAAAGAGCCCAUGUCAUACCAAGAAAAGCUUUGGAAUUCGGCUGCUUCCUACGACAGAGGCAACGUAACCCCAAAUGCCGGGCCACAAGAGAGAGCCUGGAAUCCGUAUGCUAAUCCACCUGUAAACAAUUUGAAAACGGACCCCAAUCAGACCCAGUGGGACCCUUACAGCCUAGAUGACAACGUGGACAAUGCUAGCAUGAAGAGUGCGAAAGAGGAGGAGGACGAGGAGGAGGUCUGGUCUGACAGCGAGCACAACUUUCUGGAUGAAAACAUCGGUGGAGUUGCUGUAGCCCCGGCGCACGGCUCCAUCCUCAUUGAAUGUGCGCGGAGGGAGCUUCAUGCCACUACCCCCCUAAAAAGACCCAAUCGAUGUCACCCGACCCGCAUCUCCUUGGUGUUCUACCAGCACAAAAACUUAAACCAACCCAAUCACGGCCUGGCGUUGUGGGAAGCCAAAAUGAAGCAGCUGGCCGAGAGGGCACGGGCGAGACAGGAGGAGGCUGCCAGGCUAGGCAUCAAGCAGGAAAGCAAAGGCUUUGGUAAAAAGAGAAAGUGGGGAGGUGCUGCCACUCCAGAAACCCCACCGGUCGAGAAGAAAGACAUUAUCCCGACGAGGCAGGCAGCUACUCUAUUAACAAACUCUGCUACCACUGCAUCCUCCUAUGCCUAUACCAAGGUGACGGGACCAUACAGUCGCUGGAUAUGAGAUUAACACAGCCACGGAUGGUGGCCACCGUACCUCAGCUACCCCCGAGCACUGUAAUAUAUGGUGCUAGAUUUUUGGUGCUUUUAACGUGUGUACAAUGGGUGCGCCCUGCUUUUGUGCACAUCUCCCCAGGACUCAACCCUCUCUGUAAGAGAACUUUUACUGUAUAAUUUUUAUUUUGUUUUCAUUAAUCUUAAAAAGAUUUAUAUAUCUGCAUUUUUAAAAAAAACAAACAAAACAAAACCUACUGUUGUACAAGAACAGGAAUCAAGGCAUCCUUUUAAGACACACAAAGAUUUUUAAUAACGUUCAAACAUAUAUUUAUUGGAUUUUUUAAGAAAAUGGUGCAUAAUCGCUAACCCACCCUUCUAUUGAACAGGUGCUCUCAAGCAAAUAGGAAUCAUUGCUGACGGAUCACCAAAAUGUUUUUUUUAUUAUUAUUAUUAUUUUUUAUUAAACCAGUUGGUAAAGACAUACUUUUAAUCAUUCUUUGGCGGGGGUGUAAAUAACAGUAUCGCCCUCCUGAUAAUUCGUGUGUCGGCCUCCAUGCAGCGUUUGGUAUGGAUAUACAGAGAAAUCUGUAGCCUAAGAUGCAGUAAUACAGAUGUGUCCAACAAAUAUAUGGUGGUUUCAGACGGACAACCAGCUCUGCCACUAAAACAUUCGAUCCAGGAAAAUGCAUUGAAAGCGUAAACUUUUCCAUCUAAGGUGAGUGUCUGGCAUGCAAACAGUUAAACAGGGACUCAAAAAAUUCAACAUGAUGUGCAUUGAUCCUCGCAUUUCUAUAAAAACAAAAUAAA